AUGGCUGCUGUAUCACAAAUAGGUGACGGUCAAGUCCAAGGUGGUAUGCAUACUGUCGUCAUGAGUGUACCGGUCGCUGUAUCAGAGAUUGGUGAUGGACAAGUUCAAGCUCCAACGGUUACUGCAACAACGACGGAUUGUGAGAGUAAUGAAAAGACAUCAACCACUGCCACCAGAAUCAUGACAAAUUCGGGAUCAACAGGAACAGCAAAUGCAAGGUCCAAUCAAACCACCGACAGUACUAGAACAAGCAUGUGGCAUUUCGGUUCGUCCUACCAGUCCAAACAUGUUGAUUCCGCCUUCACCUUUACCUUUACAAACAUCUUCGACAUCGACCUCGUCUUCAUCUACGCCCACACCACCAGCAGGACGAACAAUCCAUUCGUCACUGGUCUCAUGCCGGACAAACUCUACUUUGCAACUCAGUCUGAAUGA